AUGAUGCGCUUCCGUCAGGUACUCACACUGUCUGUUCGCGGCAGCAUUCGGUGUGUGUUCCAGAGCAAAGCUUUUGUGAGUGUCAGCAAAGAGCUUCCUCUCACACCGGAGGGAAAGAAUCCGUAUGACGUUCUUGAAAUUACCGUUACAAACGCCACAAGUUUUGAUGACGUGUCCAAGCAAUUUAGAGAGCUUGUAGUUAUUAAUCAUCCUGACCGCCCCGGCGGAUCGCAUGAAAGAAUGUCAGAAGUGAAUGCAGCCUACAAAAUUAUUAAGGAGCAUCACAACAAGCUGAUUCAGCGUCUGAAGGAAUAUGAAGCAAAUACGAAAGGGAACGAGAAUUUUCAAAGACACAAACAUGCUCGGGCUCGUAGUGAUGAUGAUCUUGGACGCUCCGGUGGUGUUUAUCGUCGAAAUGCGAAGGCUGCCGAACAGUCUAGUGGGCUUCGAGGGACUCGCUCGCUUCGAGAAAUUGAAUCCAAUUGGCGGCGUUUUCAAGAAGAGACGGAGCACUCCGUCUCAAGCAUGUGUAACCGUUACGAAUUGGCCGUAGAGAAGGGACGUUUUUUUCGAAAAACGUCCAUGCUUAACGAGAUCACUGUGAGGGAAAGGUGGCUGCGAAAAAGUUUUGUGAAAAACGUCUGGGAGGAGGUUCACGAAUUACGGGGAGAACUUCUUCACCGAGGUGCACGUAGUGCUCAGCAAUCUCAACUUGCAGAAGAAAUGGUUGCAUUUGCAUCUUCCACCCAGAGAAAGUUAAACGAGGAUUUUCAGCGUCUUACCCAGUUAAGUUUCCAAUCACAAUCCCAAUUCUUUCUUCAGCGGGUUUUAUUUGCACUGCUGUUAUUGGUUACCUUUAUCAAGGUGUGGGGGUGGAUCGUCACAGGGAUGUUUAGAAACUCACUUACGGUGAGAUUUCGUCAGGGAAUUUUAAGCCAUUGA